AUGGCUCCUAUCUUCAAGACAAAGGCCGCCCUGCUGGCCCUUUUCUUCCUGGCCGAUGUCUUUUCCAUCUCUGUUCUCGUCCAGGCCCGACUGGUCGCCACAAGUCAAUCGCUGGACAUUAUAGAGACCCCUUCUGGAGGCAGUGGUAAUGGGAGCUCCAGCUCUGGAGGUUCCAGCUCUGGAGGUUCCAGCUCGGCAGGCUCCAGCUCGGGAGGCUCCAGCAGUGUAAGCUCCAAGUCAGGUUCUGGAGGUUCCGGAGGUAGUGGCAGCGGGAGUUCCAGCUCCGGUUCUGGAGGCUCAGGCUCGGGUUCAAGUGGCCCUGGAAACUCUGGCUCUAUUGGUUCCGGUGGUUCCACCUCUGGAAGUUCUGGCAAUACCGAUACUAGCACCACAAGCAGCCCCGGAAGCAAUGAUCCAGAUCAACUAGCAUCCAACGAGAACUCAUCUACUGGUGGCAGCGGAGGCUCGUCGAACAAUGGCGGCGGUAGUGGCUCUGGCAGCAAUGGAGGGUCCGGCUCAGGUGACCCUGCAUUAACCAAGUCAGCAGGAUCGGGCUCUACCACUGGGGGUAGCGGUUCUUCCAACGGAGGAUCUGGAUCUGGAUCUGGCGGCAGCUCUGGAGGAGGCAGCGGCUCUGGAGGAAGCAACUCUGGCUCCGGCGGCUCCAGCAGCUCCAGCAGCAACCCGAUCGUGUCAGCCUCGGUGGGCAAGGACGGGGUGGGCGUGAACGUGCCGAGCUCCGGUGCCUCCAACACGGUGCGGGCCAGCACCGAGAACUCCGGCAGCGGCAGCGGCAGCGGGCCGAGCAGCGUGAACAGCGGCGUCAAUAACGGGGCCAGCAACACGGGCAGCGGCAGCAGCGUCAACGUCAACACGGGCACGGUCUCGGGCGAGAACAACGCAGAGAAGCCAAAGGAGGAUAAGAAGGAGGAUAAGAAGGAGGAGGACAAGGGGGCCGUCAAUACGCUGCUGGGGAAGGUGACUUCGAUUAUUGAUUCAUUGCACUAG